AGUCCAUUACUCCUCAUGUCUUCGAAUGUCAAUAAGUGGAGCACUUGGAUGCUGGUUUUAAUUGUGCCAUGGAUAUGUUUACUUAAUUGUGGGACAUGUGAUGAGGAAGAUUUGGAAGAGGCAAAAUGUGAUGGCUAAACCUGAAACAAGUUUUUUCUGACUCACAGUAACAUCUAACCUGUUAUUGGAAUUUAGGGGAACAUCACUUUCUCUAUAUGGACCAAUGAAACUAUGUCUUAACUUCAUUUGACUUCUCUUUCCAUUCAUUUCCAAUCUAGAUGGUUUGCAUUAUCUUACACUAAAGUGAUAGGUAGAGUCGUAAGAAUAAACGUGUAUCUGACAAAUACAGACUAUAGCCUCUUGUUACACAUAGAAAGUCAGACUGGGAUUUCUCUGAACACCUAAAAUCAACCAUAUUUGAAAAAUCUGUGUUGAAAAAAUAAAUAUCCAUUUUUUUUUCCAGGGCAGAAAAUCCACCUAUGACAAGCUUAUCCAUUAUAUUUCCAGUAUUAGUUGGAACCCUACAGAUUAAUUCAAUGUGGAUUUUUAAUAGGUUAUAUUCAGGUCGGGCAGAUGGAAUCAAAACCCUUUGGUUUUCAUGGGAGGAGACAUCAACAAUGGGAGGAUGUGAUGCACUCUAGAGGUUUUAUUGUUUCUGUCCCUUAUCGACAGCCUGGCUUCAUUUUGUGGUUAUAGUAAGACCACCAAAUAUUUAUCAGUUACAGAGCUUGAAUGCUGUUCUCCACUUGUACUUUUUAAAAAUAUAAUAGCCAUUCGUGCACCAUCACAUGCAGCAUAUUUAGAGAGCUGCCGCCAGUUCCUCUUGGGAUGCACAUUCUAUAUGUAAACUAAAGACAAUACAAGGAAAUAGGAAGCCCCCCGAGUACCGGCCAGGUUCCAGAGGUUUCCCAGAAAGUGGAGCAGAGGAGCAGGUCUGAGUCCACAACAGCGGCCUGGAGCAGCACAGUUGGCCACCUGGGAACUGGAAGGGAUUAAUCUAAAGUAAUGGCUGAAGAAAUACCCCUGCGAGAAAAGAGGCAGAAAUCUCCACCUCGGUCUGACGGGUGUGGUCUCAAUAAUGUCGACGCUCCGGAUUUGUCUGGAGGCCUGAGGAUCGUCCUGGUCGGCAAGACAGGAUCAGGGAAGAGCGCAACAGGAAACACCAUCCUCGGGAGAGCAGCCUUCAAAGAGGACCCGAGCCCUGUGUCUGUGACCAAACACUGCGAGACACAGAGCGUGGAAAUGGAUGGCACUGUGGUCCAGGUGAUUGACACUCCCGGUCUGUUUGAUACCGGCAUCACAGAGGAAGAGUUGAAAACCAGAAUAGAGGAAUGCGCCACGAUGUCGGUGCCCGGCCCUCACGCCUUCCUGCUGGUGAUCAGGCUUGGCGUGAGGUUCACCGAGGAGGAAAGAAAUGCUGUGAAGUGGAUCCAGAAUAACUUUGGAGACGACGCCUCUAUGUACACUAUCAUGCUGUUUACAUGUAAAGACCAGGCUAAGGCCGACAAUGCUCUGAAGGAGUGCAAGGAGCUACGGAGACUCUCGAUUACAUUUGGCCGCAGAUACCAUGCCUUCAACAACAACGACGCAGACGACCGCCUACAGGUCACUGAGUUGAUCACCAUGAUCAAGGAAAUGAUUCAGGAUAACGGCGGUAAACACUACACUAAUGAGAUGUAUGAAAAGGCCCAGAGGAAGCUGAGAGAAGAGGAGUUGCAGAAGAUACAGGAAGAGGAGGAGAAGAUCAAGGAGGAGAGGAAAAUGUGGGAUGAAGAGAGGGAGAAGAAAGAGAAAGAGAGACAAAAGGAGAAAAGGGUCAAAAAGAAGAACAUACGCGUGGCUUCGGCCGCCGCGGUCAUGUUGGUGUUGGCCGGCGUGGUGAUAGCAGUGGGUGCUAACACCACCGUGGCCCUGGCUCUGGGAGCUCCUGUGCUUGUGCUGGGGAUGUUGUGUGGUUUCGCUGCCCUUAGCAUAUGGAAGGGCAUAAGAUGCAAAUCCAAAACAUCUUUUCCAGCUUAACGUAGCGGAGGCAAUAGCAACAAGGACUCAUUCAUCUGUCUGCAGUAUGUGACAUGGAAUAAUAGUUUUGGGCUACAUCCACACUACUAUGUUUUCUUUUGAAUAAACUCCACAUUACUGCAUGACUAAGACACUCACAAGGGCUUGUUGAUUGGGUUUUUUCAUGCAAAGCCUAGCAUAGCCUUUGCUGAUUUGUCAAUCUCCUAUCACGUGACCCCCUUCCGGAUAAAAGCAGCCGCAGUUAGCCUCGGCUACCAGUGUUUAACACAAGAUGGUUGGUAGAUUAAAAGUGUUGCUGACCCUGUUGUCUUUGCUAACAGCCAUUGUGCUGUGAAAUUAAGUUAUAAUGCUACACUUGCUUACAUGUGUAGAAGAUGAGCUGUUACUCAAGCAAUCUGUUUACAGCAGCAUGUGCACGUCAGUGUAUGUGUGUGGUCACGUGAUUUGCCAUUUCAGACUUGUAACGAUGGACAGGGAUUAAAACUGAUAGGGAAAUGAAAAACAUAUAAGUAUGGAUGUAGCCUUAGUGAAUAGACACGACUAUAUACUGUUGAGAAUGUUACUGAAUGAUGUUGUUUUGGCCUUUUCUGAUCUCUGCUGACAGGAUAUUUAAGUUUUGACGAAUAAGAAUAACAGAGCAAUGUGAGUUUAGUGCUGACAGUAAACAAACGGUAUGAAACCCAGCAUCUUUGUUUUCUUUUCACUCUUUUACUGUUUGGAGUUUAUAAAUGAAACCUGCAUCCUAAGUUGUACUGAGACAUAUUUUUGGGGGGCUUGUGAGUAGCAGAUUGAUUCAUAAAUAAAUAAUGUAAGAAAAUAUGUGUUUAUGUCCCAACAAGCUAUGCACACAUAUUUAACUGAUGAUGUGCUGUUGUUUGCCUCACGUUUAUUAUUAGUAACAGUAUGAGCUCACUUCCCUGAAGGAAAUGAGACAAUGGUGAACGUCUGCUGACCGAUCACAUUUAGGUGAGGAAGCAUUCUCAACAGAGUGUGGCAGAAUAAGUCUUGCAACAAACAUUGUUUGUUGAUAGUAAAAACAUUCUAAUAGAUUGAUUUGGGCCCCACCCCAAUAUUAAGGUAGGCCUGUCAUGAUAACAAAUUCUGUUGGGAGAUAUGUUGUCCCAGAAAUGAUUGUGAUCAUAUUAUGGUCAUAAUUUUUAAACCAUUUCAUACAACUGAUAUAAUGAUAAUAUUAUCGCAUAUAAUAUUAACCCUUACAAAGAACAAGGAAGUUUAAAUUCUUAGGAAUAUACAGUCUGACAUGAAUUAGAGUUAAAAAAUAUCCUCAAGAAAUAAAACAUAAAUAAAUUAAAAAAACACAUAUCCGAAAACAAUAAAUAAAUUGGAUUCUCUGGCUCUGUCAACAAAAACUAUUCUUGAAUAAAUAUGUAACAUUUGGCUCAGCUAGGGUUGAACUGACUCACACAGACUAGGGCCACCGUACUUUUUUUUAUGCCUUUGCGGAAGCACACAUGAAGGUGACGAGUUCCAGUCACAGGCCAUGUUUCCAGUAAAUAAGCUCUGAACGAACGAUCCUGCAAUUCAACGCUUCACUGAAGAUCAGUUUUAAUGAUUCUGGAGUAAAAACUUAAUAAUUGUUUUAUAACUUGGAGUAGAAAACAGUCCAAGGUGGAUCUUGAAGGAAGUCAUAUGGAGCUUUGUUUUUCGACAUCACUAAAGGCAGCACCAAAAAACUAAACUUUUUUCCUUAA